AUGAAACUCCACGCGAUACUGAUGCCUCGCAAAUGGCGAACAUCUAUGGGCCGAGCCAUCAUGGCAGUGCUCCCGCCGUGUAAUUUCCUUACGCUGCACUAUCUCUAUUUCAUCGCGACGUGUAUGGUGGCCAGUAUCAUUUUCUAUCUGACCUCUACCCCGUGGAAGAGUGUGGCUUAUGUGGAUGCCAUCUUCUUAUGUGUUAGUGCGAUGACUGGAGCGGGUUUGAACACGGUGGACUUGUCAACCCUGAACACCUUCCAACAGGCUAUCCUGUUUAUUCUCCUGAUCCUUGGAUCGGCUAUUCUCAUCUCGAGCACCGUCCUCAUGGUCCGGAAGCAGGCCUUUGAGGAAAAGCUGAAACACGUCUCGGAAGAGCGUGAGGCAUCUCGCCGUGCGUCAGCUCUGGAAUUGCAAAACUCGACAGUGGAACCGGAUGCUCCUCUCAGCGAAGGGGAUAGCCAAGUUCAGUCAAAGGGCAAUCUAGAGGUGCAAGACGAAUCAUCCACAUUCCGUGACGAUCAAAUCCAAUGGGUGGACGAUGAUCAAAUCACCGUUGGCGAUGUCCAAGCCCGGCAUCACCAUCACCACCGUCGAGUCUUUCCUAUGGCCGGAGUGGGCGCCCGACCUGAUCUGAACAAUCACCCCCGCGACGUUGCUGCCCCCCUGCCCUUGUACACUGACGACACCUCGGUGUCUGGGUUCAAGGGAAUAAUCCGCGGCACGCAGAAAUACUUCUCCUCCAAGGGCACUAUCUCGCGCAACUCGCAAUUCUACGGUUUGACAUCUGCCGAGCGCGAGAAACUCGGUGGUGUCGAAUACAAGGCAGUCUCGUUUUUGUGGAUUAUUGUCUCGCUCUACUUUUUGAUGUUUUUGGUUCUCGGUAUUGUCGGUAUGGGUUCCUGGCUUGCAGCGAAUCACCCCGAAGUAUCCGAAGUCAAUGGACUGUCGCCGUUUUGGACCGGCGCGUUCUUUGCAGUCUCUGCAUUUGUCAACAGUGGCAUGUCGCUUUUGGAUGCGAACAUGACUGCUUUGCAAUUAAAUGCGUAUCCCCUUCUCACCCUGGGCAUGCUCAUUCUCGCUGGUAAUACUCUUUAUCCAUGCUUCCUACGCUUCAUCGUUUGGACGAUGCGCAUGAUGUUGCCCAACACGCCAUCUUGGAAGUCGUGGAGGGUGACUCUUGAUUUUAUAUUGGAUCAUCCAAGGAGGGUCUAUACCAAUCUUUUCCCUGCUCGUCACACGUGGUAUCUUCUUGCUACCAUUAUUAUUCUCAAUGGUAUUGAUUGGGCGGCGUUUGAGCUCUUGUCUAUUGGAAACAAGGAGAUCGAGGCAUUGCCUACCGAGUAUCGAGUUCUGGAUGGAUUGUUCCAGGCGUUGGCCGUUCGCGCUGGUGGGUUCUAUGUGGUGACCAUUGCUGAUUUGAGACAAGGACUACUUGUCCUUUAUGACAGACCAAUACAACCAAUACUAACAUUUAGUCAGUACGUCUCCGCAUUCCCCGUGUUGGUGACAAUCCGCAACACAAACGUCUACGAAGAACGCUCCCUCGGAAUCUACGCCGACGACGAAACCCCCGAAACCCGCGCCAAUACGAGCCGCAGCAGCGUCCUCAUGGACCUAGUCCGCCACCACAUGGGCCGCCCCAACCUCUCCGAAUCCUCACGCAGCUACUUCGUCCACCAACAAGUCCGCUCCCAACUCAGCCACGACAUCUGGUGGAUCGCGCUAGCAGUCCUCUUCAUCGCGAUCGCCGAAUCAGACCACUACAACAACCAACCCGUGGCGUUUAGCACCUUCAACAUUAUUUUCGAGGUUGUCUCUGCGUACGGCUGUGUGGGUGUUAGUUUGGGGUAUCCGGGCAAGAAUUAUUCGUUUUGUGGCGCUUGGCAUACGAUUAGUAAAUUGAUUCUUGCGGCUGUGGCGUUGAGGGGAAGACAUCGGGGUUUGCCUGUUGCUAUUGACAAGGCGAUUAUGUUGCCCAGUGAGUCUUUGGCGUGGGCGGAGGAGGAGGAUGCUGCGUUGAGGAGGGAGAGGACGAGGAAUUGGGGGUUGGAUCGGGUGCCGAUUGGUUCGGUUUGA